CUCAACAACAGAACAUUGCUUGGUUCGGUUACAGUGCAUCAACUCCGGACCAGGCGAGAGUGAUAACGAGUACGUAGCUUGGACUCGGGCUACCAACUGUACGCAAUUGCCCCGAUCGUAGAAUAGACGAGAAAAGACACUAUGGCGAUACCAUUUUUGCCCAACAACGACGAGAACACGUCGUCGGAGGAGCAGCUGAUGUACCAGCUGUAUGUAACUCUGCACAAUGCCCUCCGGAGCAGGAACGCCCACCAUCCGUCGCGAAAUCAUCGAGCGCCGCGUCGAUCCGGUUCUGGAUCUCAGCAACCUCUGGUGAUCUGGCUGCAACCCGGCAACAUCGAAGACUUGUCGAAUUUGCCGCUACCAGACCUGGUGCAAUCGGCUGUGGAUCAGCUGCCACCGCCGUCACCCCACGUGACAGUUUCUGUCCCUAGCAGCCCGAUGAGAGACGCGACCUUCCAGUUUCCUGAGUGUAACGUCAACAGCAACGGUGCACCGUUGCCGAGCCCAAGGCCACGACCACGAAGACGUUUUGCCUCGGAGAGCUCCGUCAUGGAGACGGGCCCGACCGAGGUGAGUAACUGCAACGGUACCACCUGCCGCUGCCACCUCGGCCUGAUCCUCAACGAGAGGCAGUCAUGGACGAGCGUGGGUGCCAAUCUCAGGAACAUCGCCGGUGAUUUCCACGCGUGCAGGACCAAGGACGCCGAGAUCGAGAAAUCGACGCUACCGGUGAUCGGUCCAGGUCUGAACGGUCGCAACAGCAACUCGUCAUCCACCGAUAGCCUGCUGUCGCUGUUGAUUCCGACGCCGUUACGAGAGACCCUUUGGGCAACGGUGGCUCUAUACCUCGGCUGGAGACUUGUCUCCCGCCUACGAUAGAUGCGCCGGUUUCGUCCAACCGUUCUGGGUAAUCCUACGGGCUCGUCGAUUGUGUCGACGAUUAGAACGGUGAUAUUGGGGAUUACAAUUAGAAAAAAACGGAUGGACCGC